AUGUGGCGGCUGAAGGCGCUGGUGGUCAGAGCACUUCACCGCUGGCACAUCACAGGCCCACCACCUCCGCUGCGGCUCCCACCCAGCCACCACGCUGACGACGACUCGUUAAACCCCUCGUCUCUGAUCUCAGGCCGCUUCACCCUCGACAGCAGCUCAGCAAAAUCCCAGCAUGGAGAGACCGGAGGCGGGAGACAAAAAACAAAGGAAGAGGGAUUCCGGUUUUACUCCAGUCACUUGCCCCGGUAUUCGGGAUUGGAUGCUGUGGGCUGGGGAGCGGCUGCUGUAGUCUUUGUACACCUAGCGAAGCAUAUCCAUCAGCAGCUCUCUCACAAGCCCCGUCAGCGAGAGAGCCAUCGCGGGUCAGUCCUCUGUGUCCGCAACAUCAUCGCUUCGGCCUUGGACCAGGAUCGAAUCGGCUGCUGUCGGAGUGUUCUGCCUCGUGUUGUGCUCGCUCACGCUGUCAGGGGCUCGACGGGUGGGAGAUCGGACUCUGGGGGGGAAUCGUCCCACUCUGAAGGCGAAGCUGCUUUGGGUACCAGCGCUGAGCAGCCACACCCCAGUCUGAACGUCCACUCAGGUGAUGUCCUGUUUGUGGACGACGUAGAGAAUUUCACAUCUGGUGCAGAGGGAGAGGAAGAGGAGCGCGGAAAUGUGACGAAAGAGGAAUCAAAUCCAGACGAGGUUUUACAGCAAGCUGCCUCCCACAUGGACACAGUUGUGGGCUCCAGUAUUUCCUCCAUCAUCAACAUUAUUGGGAUUCAAAAUGCCAAAGCCAAGGAUGACGAGGCUGCCUUCUCCUGUUUCAAGCUGGCUGCCAGUCAGGGCUCCGCAAAGGCGCAGUAUAACGUGGGGGUGUGCUAUGAGCUGGGAAAGGGCAUCAGCAAAGACAUGACAAAGGCCGCCUUGUAUUACAGCUACGCGGCUGCUCAGGGGCACAGCAGGGCUCAGUACUGCUGGGGGCGGCACCUCUUACAUGGAAAAACGGGAAGUGAGACGAGGGACACUCGGAGAGCUCUGGAGCAAUUGGAAAAGGCAGCAAAGUCCGGCCUUAAAGAGGCCCAGGCCCACCUCGGGGUUGUUUACUCCGAAGGUCCUCACCGCGAUCAGCGGAAAUCCAUCAUGUAUCUCAGGAUGGCAGCAGACAAUGGGGAUUCCUGCAGUCAGUACCACCUCGGGCUGUGUUACCAGCAGGGAUGGGGAGUGCAGACAGAUGUCCGUCAAGCGGCUGAGCUGUACCACAAAGCAGCAGCUUCUGGACAUCGGGACGCCCAGUGUGCACUCGGAGCAUUGUACCAACAAGGCCUAGGAGGCCUUGCCGUGGACUAUCAGCGAGCCCUGGAGCUGUACCAGAGAGCAGCCCGGGCAGGCAGUGAAGAGGCAGCAGAAAAUCUACAGCAUCUGAUGGAAGAUCUGCACAUCAACGAUCUACAUCCCAGGCACCGUGAAGGUGCAGCCCUGAAGUGUGUGGUGUCAUGGCCAUGUCUCUCUGCUCUGUCCGGACCACAGCCUAGGCACAGCCCGGGACCCUCCUCACUGACAGACAUAGGGUGGUCUCUAUCCCAUUCUCGGAGUACCGGGAAUCUCUGCCUCCCGCUUGCCAGUAAAGCCAGCCUCAGCCACAGACCUGAGCUCCUCACAGCGAACAUCGCAAGCCUGGAUCCCAGAGGAGCUUUUCCACUGAGCCAUCCCACAGGUUGCGGGAUUAAAGGGGUUGGGUGAAGCCAGGUGUCCACUAACAGCCCUGUAACUGGUUGUCUGUUUGUGGUGGAGGCUGCACUGUAGCAAAGACUGUAAUGUGAAUUCUUAUUGUCUGCCAUUAGGACUUUGGACCUAAACCUGGCACAGCAAACACUGCAGGUCACAGAUGUAGGACCUGGCUCUGUGUUGAGGUGACCGCUGCAGUGCUGACUGUGCUCAUCCCGUAUUUCCUUUGUACCUGGGGUAAGGUCCCCUAUGCGGGGGCUGGAUUCCGUCCAAAUCAGCCACGAUCUAAUAGAAUAAUGAAACAGGCUCGAGGGGCUGAAUGGCCACCUCCUGUUCCUAACCAGGACUGUGUGUCUCCACAGCCGCCACUUAGCACUGAGAGAAGAAAACACCAAACACAGGUGUUAAUACUGCUCUCACACACCCCCCCACCCUGCGCAACAGCCUGUUGUGUGUAAGCCUCCAGAUAAUCCUAUUAUAAACCUCGGCAAUUUUGCCUAUCAAUGUAAGGCACUAAAUGUUUAAAAGCUGUUUGAUUUGGGUGUAAAAUGGUCCUGUUCAGUGUUGACCUUCGGCACCAGUCACUUCAGCAGCGGAGCUGUCCAAUGGUCAGCUAUAGCCCCUAUGGGCUUAUAUAUGCUGUGAUGUGUUUACGCUGUGCCUGUUUUACUGACCCACGUUGAGAGCUGCUGCACUGCAGCUUCUCCCCUGACACUACCUGUUGCUGUGUGGCUUGUGUUAGUGUGACAUGAGCUCACAGUCCAGGCUGACACUACAGGGGAGGGGGUUAGCACUUUGUUGUCAAUGUCAAUAUCGAAUGAGAUGUUAAACCGAGUCUGUCUGACCAGGUGGACUUUAAAGGCCC